UAUACUUUUAUAGUGCUAUUGUACAAAUUUAGAAGAAAUAAAUGUAAUUACAGAAUGUUUGAUGUAUCAAGGAUCACAGUUGACCUUUGAAUUAAGAAACAUAGUGUACAGUUUGAUGAACUAGUGAGGUUUGAUGACAUAGGCCUUAAUUAUUACUUUGAGGAAUGUCUGACCACCGUGGUGAUCAGACAGGUCCUUGGCUGUGCUGCUCCACUCAUACUGGUGGUAGUGCCAUUUGUCUUGGGGGGACCACGGCUGCUACGUCAGGGGUUCGGGUCAUGGAGUACUCGGACCCUGCUACAUAUUCCAUGAUUGAGGCGACCUACGGCUGAGCGAGGACGAGGGCAGGGGACCUGUAGUGACUGCCGGCUGUGGAACAGGGCACUUACCUUUGCCAGCUAAUCGUCACUCCUACCCAUCCUCACCUGUUGUUGCCUCCUCCUCCUCCAAGCGUUGCAUGCCUGACCUGGACUCUAGUGGAGAGGACUUCCACCCUGCCUCGAAGUCUUCUCGCGUCGGUGUGGACGUUGAUUGUGUGGAGCGAGAUGACAGUGCCUUCCCACCCCUGUUACCACCCCGUCCAACCCCCAGUGCCUCACCUGCUACUGCCUCGUUAGAACGACCACAGCCCUCCUCCUCUCGCCUCCCUGCUUUUGUGCCACGGCUUGAAUAGGUCAAGCUUAUGUGUCAAGAUAACCCGAGAAUGGAUAUCAAGCUGCGAUGGCUGGCAGAAGUGAAUCAUGCGUUUGGUCUUAAUCGUACCUUGGUGGAGGUCAAGAUGUCUGCGGUCACCUCCCAUUUCGUGUACAUCUCCAGGAAGCGUCCAGACAUUUUCCAGAGGGUAAUGACUGGUGAGUUUUUGGCGCUAACACUGGUGGAGCAAGAUUCUCCGGAAAGGCCACGUAAGUUCCCGAGCUACAUCAUCACUCACUAUCCUGUGGAGGUCGACCCAUCCCUCAGUAAGGAGCUACCAGGAGUCUAAAGUGCCCAACGAUUUUACCAGAACAGUAAGCCACUAAACCAUAUCAUUGUUACAUGGAGUCUCCUGGAGCAGCCACCACAGACCUUUGACUUCAGCUUUCUUCCAUCGUUGCCGUCUUCUGAGAUACGUAGGCUGCUCAGUGAUUCUUCAACAUGUUACAGGUGUUGGGGGAUAGGGCACAUCUCCCGUUACUGCUCGGCAGAGAAGUGUGCUUGGUGUUCUGGGCCACAUGACUCUCGUUCCUGCCGCUACUGAUGGUCACAUCAGCCCCAUGCAAGUGAUGCCGCCGCCACCCCUCCAUCUGAUGACGUCACCUCUAACUGGCGCUGCCCUCACUGCCUCAAGCAGGGAGUCAGUGUUUGGCACGGCUGUUCGAGACGACCAACUUCUGCCUCUCAUCAGCUAGUGAUGCCUCCAUCCCUACCACCAAAGUUUUCUGCCUCCAUUUCUUCUCCUCCUUCCCCACAGGUGUUGGCUCUACGGGAGGCUGUUAAUGACCUGAAGACCCGCUGUGCCUCCCUCGAGUCGUGUCUGGAUGCCAUUGAGACUACACUGCACAAUCUUGUUAUUGGUCACGCCUCUACAGAGGCGACACUGGAUUCCCUAGUAGAGUCUCACCAAACUAUACUCUCCACGCUCUCGUCCUUCACUCAACGGUUUGAUGACUUCGCUGCUCGCUUGGGGAUGCACUGGUGGCCCUUCAAGGGAGCAUGAGGACAGAGUCGUGGCACAAAUUCACUGAUCACAUUAAUCAAGGAACCAGUGUGGGUAUUAUGUGGCGGCUUAUUAAUAGAGUGGUCCGGAGGAAGCCUGCCAGCGCUCUGCAUCACAGUCCAGGUGAGUUUGCUCAGGAGCUUCUUGAUGCCUGGGCUAUACAAUCCACUGUGGCUAGUCUACCUGUUCACUUCCAGGAAGCUUUCUCUGCUCAGGCUGGUCGUCGUACUCUCCGUUUGAUGGCAGCGCUGUUAGAAGUGGAUGACGAGGAUGGCAUUCCGAUAACUCCAGAGGAGCUGCGUCGUUCUUUGGCUAGGGGUAAGGUGACUUCGCCAGAUGAUGGGGUCACAUAUUCUGUUCUCCGCUUACUUCUUAACCCUUAUGUUCCGGUGAUUAAACUAUUUUCCAAUAUCCCAUGACAGGUAAAAAUGGUAAACCUAGAAAUUAUCAGAAGACUGUUUGAAUACUAAUAAUUAUUUUCUCUUUGUUA